AAUUGCAUGCGCAUCUCUCUCUCUAUAUAUACAUAAUACCUGUUCUUACAGUCUGUAUAUAUUUGGAUAGGAGUCUGUUAUAUACAUAUAACCUAUUUUAAUUUGUUCUCUUUUCUAUAUAUAUAUAUAUAUAUCUUUUUAUACCAAUCCCAUAUUUAUCUCUUUCAUGCACUAGAAAAUUAAUAUAUAUAUCUCAUAAACAAUUCUCUCUUUUCAUACAAAUUAAGCCCUCUUCAAUUGUUCAGGCUUCCAAGUUUCUGACCAUAAAAGUUUCAUGGCGAGGGAUGCAGGAAACCUGAAGUAUGAUGAGGAGUUUAUAUUGAAUUCAAGAGAGUUGAAGCUAUUCACAUGUCAAUGGAUUCCUCUGAAUCAAGAACCAAAAGCUCUGAUCUUUAUCUGCCAUGGUUAUGCCAUGGAAUGCAGUAUCACCAUGAAUAGUACCGCGAAUCGGCUAGCAAACCAAGGAUUUGCAGUUUAUGGUAUAGAUUAUGAAGGACAUGGAAAAUCAUCAGGAUUAGAAGGGUAUGUUGAAAGUAUGGAUAAAAUAAUUGAAGACUGCUCAGAGCAUUUCACAAGCAUAUGUGAGAAGAAAGAGAACAGAGGGAAGAUGAGGUACUUGCUAGGAGAAUCCAUGGGAGGAGCAGUGGCCCUUCUUUUACACAGAAAACAGCCUAAUUUUUGGGAUGGAGCAGUGCUGGUGGCACCCAUGUGCAAGCUUGCAGAUGAUGUGAAGCCACAUCCAGUGGUAAUCAAUGUUCUCACAAAGCUUUGCAAUGUUAUUCCAACUUGGAGAAUAAUCCCUUCAAAAGAUAUCAUUGAUGUUGCUUUUAAAGUACCUCAAGUCAGACAACAGAUUAGAGCAAAUCCAUAUUGCUACAAAGGUCGUCCUCGCUUGAAAACUGGCUAUGAACUUUUGAGAACUACAGGGAAUAUAGAGAAAAGGCUUGAAGAGGUUUCGUUUCCAUUUAUGGUUCUACAUGGGGAAGAAGACAGAGUGACAGAUAAAUCUGUAAGCUCACAACUAUUCAAUGUGGCUUCAAGCACAGACAAGACAAUCAAACUAUACCCUGGAAUGUGGCAUGGUCUACUAUAUGGAGAGCCAUUGGAAAACAUUGACAUUGUCUUUAAGGACAUUAUCGAGUGGCUAGAGAAGAGAGCUACCCAAGGAAAUACAAGGUUGGAGAGAGAGCUAAAACAAAGAAACGAUUGUUUGUCCAUGUCAAAAUAAAGGGCAGAAAACAGAAGUUGGUUAACUAUGAAGAGUGCUUUAGCUUUUUAGCCAGAAAACAGAAGUUCUACCAAAAGGAUUGGAUACUGAAUGUUCCUAAGGGAGACCAUGAUAAUUAUGAAGGAAUGUUAAUCCUGUGUAGAGUUUAUAUCAAUGUGACAGGACAAAGACUUACAAUAUUUGUUUCAAUAGCUCCCCGAUUGAAUGCCUAGUUUUGCAUAUUCAAGUAAA